UGCACCUUGAAUCUCGUCGCAACGAGAUCCUUCGAGAUCUUCUCCGCCCCCGCUACCGGCGUCCCCUUUGCGGCCGCUGAGCCGGAGCCGGCCUGAGCUGAGUCGUCCGCUGCGGUUUUCCUUCCGAGGACCCGGGCGCUCGCGUAGACACCCGCGGCCCCCUACAAGCCCAGGCCCCGCGGCCCACGCGGCCUGCUCUCCGCGCGCUAUCCCCGCCGGGGUCCGUGUCCUGUCUCGCCGGCCGGACCCGGGCUCGAGCCCGAGCUGUAGCCGGCGCCAUGUCGGUGGUGGGCAUAGACCUGGGCUUUCAGAGCUGCUACGUCGCUGUGGCCCGCGCCGGCGGCAUCGAGACCAUCGCCAAUGAGUACAGCGACCGCUGCACGCCGGCUUGCAUUUCUUUUGGUCCUAAGAAUCGUUCAAUUGGAGCAGCAGCUAAAAGCCAGAUAAUUUCCAAUGCAAAGAACACAGUCCAGGGAUUUAAAAGAUUCCAUGGCCGGGCAUUCUCUGAUCCAUUUGUGGAGGCAGAAAAAUCCAGCCUUGCAUAUGAUAUUGUACAGUUGCCCACUGGAUUGACCGGAAUAAAGGUGAAAUAUAUGGAGGAAGAGCGAAAUUUUACUACAGAGCAAGUGACUGCCAUGCUUUUGUCCAAACUGAAGGAGACUGCAGAAAGUGUUCUGAAGAAGCCUGUUGUAGACUGUGUUGUUUCGGUUCCUUGUUUCUAUACUGAUGCAGAGAGACGAUCGGUUAUGGAUGCAACACAGAUAGCUGGACUCAAUUGCCUCCGAUUAAUGAAUGAAACUACUGCAGUUGCUCUUGCAUAUGGAAUUUAUAAGCAAGAUCUUCCUGCCUUAGAAGAGAAACCAAGAAAUGUAGUUUUUGUGGACAUGGGGCAUUCUGCUUAUCAAGUUUCUGUGUGUGCGUUUAAUAGAGGAAAACUUAAGGUUUUGGCCACUGCAUUCGACACAACAUUGGGAGGCAGAAAAUUUGAUGAAGUGUUAGUAAAUCACUUCUGUGAAGAAUUUGGGAAGAAAUACAAGCUAGACAUAAAGUCCAAAAUCCGUGCAUUGUUACGACUAUCUCAGGAGUGUGAGAAACUCAAGAAACUGAUGAGUGCAAAUGCUUCAGACCUUCCCAUGAAUAUCGAGUGUUUUAUGAAUGAUGUUGAUGUAUCUGGAACUAUGAACAGAGGCAAAUUUCUGGAAAUGUGUGAUGAUCUCUUACUUAGAGUGGAGCCACCGCUUCGGAGUGUUUUGGAACAAGCCAAGUUAAAGAAAGAAGAUAUUUAUGCAGUGGAGAUAGUUGGUGGUGCAACACGAAUCCCUGCAGUCAAAGAAAAGAUCAGCAAAUUUUUUGGUAAAGAACUUAGUACAACACUAAAUGCUGAUGAAGCUGUUACACGAGGUUGUGCAUUGCAGUGUGCAAUAUUAUCGCCUGCUUUCAAAGUCAGAGAGUUUUCUAUCACUGAUGUAGUACCAUAUCCAAUAUCUCUGAGAUGGAAUUCUCCAGCUGAAGAAGGGUCAAGUGACUGUGAAGUCUUUCCAAAAAAUCAUUGUACUCCCUUCUCUAAAGUACUCACAUUUUAUAGAAAGGAACCUUUCACUCUUGAGGCCUACUAUAGCUCUCCUCAGGAUUUGCCCUAUCCAGAUCCUGCUAUAGCUCAGUUUUCAGUUCAGAAAGUCACUCCUCAGUCUGAUGGCUCCAGUUCAAAAGUAAAAGUCAAGGUUCGAGUAAAUGUCCAUGGCAUUUUCAGUGUGUCCAGUGCAUCUCUAGUGGAAGUGCACAAAUUUGAGGAAAACGAGGAACCGAUGGAAACAGAUCAGAAUUCGAAGGAGGAGGAGAAGAUGCAAGUGGACCAGGAGGAGCCACAUGUUGAAGAGCACCAGCAGCAGAUGCCAGCAGAAAAUAAGGCUGAGUCUGAAGAAAUGGAGACUUCUCAAGCUGGAUCAAAAGACAAAAAGAUGGACCAACCACCACAAGCCAAGAAGGCAAAAGUGAAGACCAGUACUGUAGAUCUGCCAAUUGAGAAUCAGCUAUUAUGGCAGAUAGACAGAGAGAUGCUCAACUUGUACAUCGAAAAUGAGGGCAAGAUGAUCAUGCAAGAUAAACUGGAGAAGGAGAGGAAUGAUGCUAAGAAUGCAGUAGAAGAGUAUGUGUAUGAGAUGAGAGAUAAGCUUAGUGGUGAAUAUGAGAAGUUUGUGAAUGAAGAUGAUCGUAACAGUUUUACCUUGAAACUUGAAGAUACUGAAAAUUGGUUGUAUGAAGAUGGAGAAGAUGAACCAAAGCAAGUUUAUGUUGAUAAACUGGCCGAAUUAAAAAAUCUAGGUCAACCUAUUAAGAUACGAUUUCAGGAAUCUGAAGAAAGACCAAAAUUAUUUGAAGAACUAGGGAAACAAAUCCAGCAGUAUAUGAAAGUAAUCAACUCUUUCAAAAACAAGGAGGACCAGUAUGAGCAUUUGGAUGCUGCUGACAUGGGGAAGGUGGAAAAAAGCACGAAUGAGGCCAUGGAUUGGAUGAAUAACAAGCUGAAUCUGCAGAACAAGCAGAGUCUGACCAUGGAUCCAGUUGUCAAGGCAAAAGAGAUUGAAGCUAAAAUAAAGGAGCUGACCAGUUUCUGUAGCCCUAUAAUUUCAAAGCCCAAACCCAAAGUGGAACCUCCAAAAGAGGAGCAAAAAAAUGCAGAGCAGAAUGGACCAGUGGAUGGACAAGGAGACAGCCCAGGCCCCCAGGCUGCUGAGCAGGGUACAGACCCAGCUGUGCCUUCGGAUUCAGACAAGAAGCUUCCUGAAAUGGACAUUGAUUGAUUCCAACAGUUGUUUAUAUUAAAACAAACUAUUAUAAA